AUGGCUCUCAAAAAUUCUCUCGGCUUCCUCGUCCUCUCACUGGCAUGCGCCUCAACUUGUUCCAUCUUUCCAGAUGCUCAGUUGACUUCACUGCUCAUUCCGAACGGUCAACCCGACACCACAUACACUGCGUCAGUCGUGGGUUCCGAAGGCGACGUCACCUCUUACCAACUCUUCGCCACCAUCCUCCAUGGCGACGUGGCCCUAAUCGUCUCCCCCACCGCCGUCGCUGAGAUCGUGGGGGGAGUUGAGACGGAUUGCACGCUCGGCGACGACUCUGUCUGCGAAGAGGUUGUCGGCCCACUCCGCUCGGUCUCCUCGGCCAUCCUGCGGGAGGUACCCGCGCUGAUCGUGCAAGAGAGCGGAAGCCCCGACAGCUCUUCCACCGCUCCUCCCGCCACAUCCACCGACCCGCUCACCACAUCCACCGAUCCCCCCACCACAUCCACAGACCCUACUACCUCAUCUACUGGGACCGGGCCUGUCAGUUCCACUACAUCGAAGCCGAGUCUGAGCACGAGUCAGUCGCAGUCCUCAUCUGCGAGCACUCCCACGAAAACUUCGAGCGGCUCGGAGCGGGCAGUGGUCAAGGGCGCGUCUGUUCUCGGGAGCGUGCUUGUAGGCCUGGGUAUGGCCUUCGGUGUCGCCAUCUAA